AUGCCCUACUUCCUUCCUCUUCCCUGUGUCCUCCUCCGUUUUGUUUUGUUUGGUUUUUUUCCCUGGAAUAGGGACAAGGUUGGCUAUUCUCUCCUCCUCGCCCUCUCACGACCCAGCCUCUUCCAUUUCAAACCCACUUCCUCCCCUCUCUCCCUCCCCCCUCUCCAGCUCCCUCCCCUGGCAGAGCGCGGAGACAGCAGGGGUGUGGUCCGCUGCUCCCUCCCCUGGCAGAGUGCGGAGACAGCAGGAGUGUGGUCUGCCGGGUCUGAGAGCACCAUGAUUCCCGCCCUCUGGUCCUCCUCGCCCUCCCACGACCAUUUCUCCCCUCUCUACCCCCUGCUUGCCCCCAGCUCCCUCCCCUGGCAGAGCGCGGAGACAGCAGGGGUGUGGUCCGCAGGGUCUGAGAGCACCAUGAUUCCCGCCCUCUGGUCCUCCUCGCCCUCCCACGACCCCUUCGACAGCAGCGCUGGCUCCGAGUAUGGGGGGCUGGGAGGGGCGGGGGAGGGAGCAGGAGGCGGGGGCGGGGCUUUGGAAUGGGAGGAGGCGGAGGAGGAGGAGGAGGAGGAGGAGGAGGAGGAGGAGGAGGAGGAGGAGGAGGAGGAGGAGGAGGAGGAGGAGGAGGAGGAGGAGGAGGAGGAGGAGGAGGAGGAGGAGGAGGAGGGGGAGGGGGGGGAGCAGGCCCAGGGGGGAGGCGCGACAGGGGCAGGCGGAGGAGGGGGAGGUGCAGGCGGAGGGGGGAUAGGGGGAGGAGGGGGGAGUGGGGGAUCGACGUAUCUGACAAACGGGAGCAGCAGGGGGAGCACUCCUAGGGGCGAGAUGGAGAGGGAGAGGGAGAGGGUGACGCCGUCAGUGGUGGCGAGACUAAGGGUGGAUAUAGCAGCUCUUGAAGAGGCUCUGGCAACGAUUGAGCAGAUUGCUCAAACCUCUGCCGACAUGCGCUCGUCCCUGGCUCAGGGCCUGGAGCAGAUUCUUUCAUGCAACAAGACCAAAGACCAGAAGAAACCUGCUGCUAGGCCGACGACGUCCUCUCUCUCGCUCUUCUCACCCUCGUCCAAGGCCCACUUUCAAGGGCAAAGAAGGAUCAGUGGGCUUUCUUCCUCCUCCCCCUCUGGUCACUCCAGCCAAAGCAAACAGGGCCAUUUAGCCACGCGCCAUCCAGCAGACAGUGCAGGUGCUUCUGCUCGUACUACUAACCGGGAUUCUAAUGACGCAGGUGCUAUCACCUGCAGUGGCAGCAGCAGCAGCAGCAGCAGUAGUAGCAGCAGCAGCAACUCGGCUUCUGCCCCUGCAUCGAAUGAUUCGGCUAUUGUUGCAGCGGGUACGGUUACUGCUUGUUUGGUUACCGCCACUACCACCACCACAACCACCAUGACCACUACCACUGCCGCUGCUGCCGCGGGCACUGCUGUUACAGAGCUAAUUUUAGACAAGUCUUUUUGGGCCAAGGUAGAGUCUGUAGAGGAGGAAGCGCGGCAGAUGAGGAUAGUGUUUGGAGCAGCGGCACAUUUGCCAAUCAGUUGGAAUGCAGGGGGGUCGGGAGGAGGGCGGAUGGGUGGGGGAAGGCAUGGGAUACCUGCUGAGAGGGCGGGCGAGGUUGUAGCCUCUGUUGGGCUGGAAAUUGCCGAGUUUGCCCUCGUGGUGGUGGGGUUGCUGCGGCCGGUGCAAAAGGGUUUCUAG